AUGGAGGACCUGGUACUCAGUUCUGACGAAGAUGGAUCAGUGGAUGACUCUUCUUCCGAUGAAGACGAGAGUCCAAAAUCAAUGCCUGGUAAACCACAGAGUAAUAAGAAGAAACGUUCUUCUACAAACUCGCCAAAGAAGAAAUCUCAUCCGAACAAGCCAAAGAUGAAAUCUUCAGCAAGUGAUGCCGCUUCCAAAGGUAAGGUUGACAGUGCAAAAUCUACACCUUCUAAACAGCAUAGAAAGAAGCAAAAAGCCCCUGAGAACUUGUCAAAUAAGGAUGUACCAUCUCAUGCAAAGAAGUUUAAGAAGAGGAAGACAAAUAAAAGACUUCGAACACUCAUGGAUUCCCGAAGGUUUCAUCAAGCAACUGGAUUGAAAGGGUGCCACCAUGACAAAAAUGAUGCAAGAAACGUGGUGGACCUAACCUUGAAGCUUGGUUUUGGAAAUCAUGCUGCUAGAAGUCAUCGAAUAAACCUAAUCGAUUUGUUCAACACCCCAGCCCCCAUGACUACUCCUGAUCUUGCCAAUUUCAAUUUCAAUGCUGGCUCCAACACCAGUGCCAAUAAGGGGAUAAACUUUGGACCAACCAAUGGAGCUCAAGAACAUGUUGUCCUAAAUCACUUGGGCAAAGUUAACAAUGGGAUUGCUUGUGGUGGCGGUGGAGGAAGUGUUGCUGGCCUAAAUGCCAAUGGGAUUGCUUGUGGUGGCGGCGGAGGAAGUGUUGCUGCUGAGAUCGAUUUUGGGAUGAUAGUCAGAGGAGACCACUCUCAAGGUGGCCGAACCUACAAGUCAGUGGCACGAGGCAAGGGGAACCAACACCCUUCAAACUUCUCAAAUACCUUCAACACCUUUUGGACUCCAUCGAGGACUUUGAACACCCACACACUAUCGAAUGGCUCGUCCAGAGAUCGACAGAUUGGAAGCUCCUAUGGCUUUCGUAGGAGAGGACCAAGACGUUCACGCCAAAUUUGUUACUUCGAUCCGCAUAAAAGAUGUACAAAUUUUAACUGCAACACAAGGAAUACUCCAAUGUGGAGAAACGGCCCCCUUGGACCGAAGUCUUUGUGUAAUGCAUGCGGUAUCAAAUACAAAAAGGAGGAGGACCGGAGGAAGGCCCGAGGAGCAACCAAUAAACGAAAUAAUAUUUAG